CCUAAUAGUCGUAGCUAAAGCAAUAGCCAAAGUCGGCUCCCGCAAGAAGCUGAAAUUUCUGACCCACCCACUGCUGUUUUAACUAAUAUAAAUAGGGCUCUGCAGCCCUUCAUUCUUCACUGCAAAAUUAAUCAGCUUCUGCUUUGAGCUCUUUGCAAUACUUAGCCCCCCAAAAAAAAAGUUUCCCAAAUUCUCAUACAAAAAUGGCUGCCGCACAAGCAGAAAUUCAGAGGCCGAUCGCCAAUUUCUCCCCAAGUUUGUGGGGCGAUCAGUUCAUCAAGAAUGAUUCUGAUGCUAAGGCUGCGGAGAAACAUUUCAAGGCAGUUGAAGAGUUGAAGAAGGAAGUUAUGAAUAUGAUAACUGCUGCUGAAAGCAAUCUUGUUGAAUCCAUGAACCUUAUUGACACACUUGAACGCCUUGGCAUUUCUUAUCACUUUGAAAAGGAGAUUGACCAAAAAUUGCACCAUUUUUUCAGUCUAAAUACAGAUUAUAGUGAUGAGUCCUAUGAUUUGUACACUGUUUCUCUUCAUUUCCGAUUAUUCAGGCAACAUGGCCACCGUAUUUCUUCUGAUAUUUUUGGUAGAUGGAUUGAUGAGAACGGAAAAUUCAAGGAAGGCCUCAAGAAUGAUGGCAAGGGUUUGCUAAGUCUGUAUGAAGCGUCGUAUCUGAGAACACGUGGAGAAACCAUAUUGGACGACGCGCUUGAAUUUGCUACUGCCACUCUCAACUCCAUAGCGCCACACCUCGAAUCUCCUCUUAGCAAACAAGUGGUGCAUGCCCUAAUUCAACCCAUGCACUAUGGAAAUCCAAGAAUCGAAGCGCAUAACUUCAUCUCCAUCUAUGAAGAGAAUCAAGACAAGAAUGAGUUUCUCUUGAAGUUUGCCAAAUUGGACUACAAUCUUUUGCAAAUGCUUCACAAGGAGGAACUCCAUGAAGUCUCGAGGUGGUGGAAAGAAUUGGACCUAGUCUCCAAACUUCCUUAUGCAAGAGAUAGAGUGGUGGAGUGUUUCUUUUGGGCAAUGGGAGUAUACCACGAGCCACAAUAUUCUCGUGCUCGUAUCAUGCUCACCAAAACCAUCACUAUGACCUCUAUCAUUGAUGACACUUAUGAUGCUUAUGGUGUCAUUGAAGAACUUGACAUUUUUACUGAGGCAAUUGAGAGGUGGAAUAUUGAAGAGAUGGAUAGACUCCCUGAGUAUGUUAAGCCAUUCUACAAAGCUCUUUUAGAACUCUAUGAGCAAUUCGAAGAAGAAUUGGCUGAGGAAGGAAGAUCCUAUGCAGCACACUAUGCCAUAGAAUCGCUUAAAGAAUUGGUGAGAAGCUACCACGUUGAGGCAAAGUGGUUUAUACAAGGAUAUUUACCACCAUUUGAAGAGUACCUAAAGAAUGCACUCAUCACCUGCACUUACUGCUACCACACAACGACGUCGUUGUUGGGAGUCGAAUCCGCCGUCGAGGAAGACUUUCAAUGGCUAGCCAAGAAACCCAAAAUGCUUGUAGCAGGUCUCCUCAUUUGCCGAGUCAUUGAUGACAUUGCUACUUAUGAGGUGGAAAAGGAGAGAGGUCAGAGUGCUACUGGCAUUGAAUCUUACAUGAGAGACAAUAACGCAACAAUAGAAGAAGCGGUGGCAAAAUUCUUCGAAAUAGCAACAGAUGCGUGGAAGGAUAUAAAUGAGGAGUGUCUGAUGCCAUCUCCUUAUUCGAGGGAUGUUUUGAUGAGAAUCUUGAAUCUUGAACGCAUCAUAGAUGUUACUUACAAAGGCAACGAAGAUGGAUACACUCAACCUGAGAAGGUUUUGAAGCCACACAUCAUUGCUUUGUUCGUGGAUCCUAUCAAGAUGUAGGCGUUUAAUUCAUCUUGUAUUAAAAGUUAAUAAGCCCAUUUUUUUUCCCUCUUAAUUACUAUUCUUGUUUGUUCCGAUGGGGUUAUCAGAAAAUUUAAUAACACCGAUAUCGUUUCAUUUUA